AUGACUAUUCUUGUUAAAAUAAAUACUCAGGAAAAACAAGCUCAUCAUUCAGUUCGAAAAUGGUUUGGUUUGAUAUGGCUUGUAAUUGAAGUCAAUUUAAUUGGUGGUACAAUAUUUGGAUUUCCAGCUUUAUUUAAAAUUUUAACUCAAUAUGGAAUUUAUGGUAAUCAAAAUAAUUGUUCAUCUUCGUUUGUCAAUGGAACACAAACCGAAAAUGGAGCUUUAUCUUGUGAAGGACAUCAAAUACGACAAUAUCAGAAUGCAUUAACAUUGGGUAUUAUUUUAUUUGAAAUUCCAUCAUUAAUUAUUGGUCCAUUGAUUGAUCGAUUUGGAUGUCGAUUUGUUAAAUUAAUUGCUAUAAUUUUUCAUCUUAUCGGAUGGUUAGCUUUAGCACUAGUUGCACCUGGACGAGAUGCAUUUUUAUAUGCUCAUACAAGUUUUUCAUCACUAGCCGGUAUUAUGUUGUUAUUGACAGCUUAUACAUCAAGUGAUUAUUUUUCAAAAUCAAGAGCAUUCGUUGCAGCAUUAUUUGCUGGAGCUUGUACAUCAGCUACAAUGUGGUAUUCGAUAUUUCAAGUUUUAAUUGAUGCAGGAAAAAUCACAUUACAACAACUGUCUUACAUUUGGAUGUCAUUUGGUAUACUCAUGUUAAUUAGUUCAUUCAUAUUUCUGGAUUGGAGAUUUCCUAUUCUUAAUUUACCCUAUCAAUUUGAUACAAAAUUAGAGAAAAAAAAGAUUCCUUCAAGUAACACUACUAAUGAAAAUUCUUCAUCAAACAACAAUGAAAUAGAUAAAAUGAAAUGGUAUACACGAAUUUUGAAACGAAAAGGUGUUUGGCAUCAUUUAACAAGUCCAUUAUAUGUGUUGGUGGUAUUAUUUUUAAGUAUUCUAUUAUUACCAGGAAUAUUUCUUGCUGUAACAUGGUAUCCAUGGGUAUAUUAUAUCACAAAACAAGAUACUAUAUUGACUAAUAAAUAUACAUUUGCAUUUAAUUUAUCCACUAUUUCUGCUAUUCUUAUUUGUCCAGUUAAUGGUUUUCUACUUGGAUUUAAAGCUGAUAAAAGUAAGAAACAAAAAUUAUUUAAUAUAUCAGUAAUGCAAACUGUAUCAUGGCUUAUAAAUAUUGUUGCAUGUAUUGUAUGUAUGUUUGCACAAACGAGUAUGAUUAUUCCAGCAUUAGUAAUCAAUUGUUUUGCACGAGCUACAAUUGUCGGUGGAAGUCAAGCAGUCGUAGCAACAUUUUUUCCAUCAGAAUAUAUUGGUACAUUAACUGGUGUUAUGUGGACUUCAGUCGGUGUUAUUGCCACUGUUCAAUAUGGUUUAGUCGAAUUAACAGAUGAUAUAUCUCGUUCAUGGAGAGCAUGGUUGAUUAUAUUGGCACUUGUCAUAUUGAUGUCAUGUCAUCUAAUUCAACUAUGGUGGAAAUAUAUACGAGAAUUAAGAAAAAAACCAACGGUAACUGUUGAGCAAGAGAUCAUAACCAAAUUUUGA